CUCUCUCUCUCUCUCUCUCUCUCUCUCUCCGUCAUAUCGAUCUUCAGCCUGGACUUUUCUGUCCACUUUAGUCAGGGUAACCACAUCACAAAGGCCUCAUUUCAAACCUCUCUCUCUCUCUCUCCGCCAUGGGAAGUGACCAGAAGAUGAAGAUUCAUGUGAAGGACUCCACCAUGGUCCGCCCUGCAGAACCCACCCCAGCCGAGAGGCUCUGGAACUCGAACCUAGACUUACUGGUGGCGAGAAUUCACCUCCUCACCGUCUACUUCUACAGACCAAAUGGGUCUGUCAACUUCUUUGAUUCUCGUGUUCUGAAGAACGCUCUGAGCAACGUUCUUGUCUCCUUUUACCCCAUGGCCGGAAGGUUAGGAAGAGACGAAGGGGGUCGGAUUGAGAUCAACUGUAAUGGAGAGGGUGUGUUGUUUGUUGAAGCCGAAACUGAUUCCGCCAUUGAUGACCUUGGUGAUGGCGACUUCACUCCAAGCUUGGAGCUCCGGCGGCUCAUUCCAGCUGUUGACUACUCCGGCGACAUCUCUUCCUAUCCACUGAUUGUUUUACAGGUAACCUAUUUCAAGUGUGGGGGUGUCUCUCUCGGAGCAGGGGUACACCACACUUUAUCAGAUGGUGUUUCCUCACUUCAUUUCAUCAACACGUGGUCGGACAUGGCACGCGGACUCUCCAUCGCCAUCCCACCAUUCAUUGACCGGACCCUCCUCCGUGCCCGGAACCCUCCUAGCCCGGCUUUCGACCAUGUAGAAUACCACCUGCCUCCUUCCCUAAACACCCACCUCGGAACCCCAGAACCCGAAUCAAGUCCUAAGGUUGUUUCUACAACCGUACACAAAAUCACACUUGAUCAACUCAACAAACUAAAAGCCAAAUCCAGAAACGAUGGCAACACAAAGGAGUUCAGCAGCUAUGCCAUACUAGCAGCACAUAUAUGGCGUUGUGCAGGCAAAGCACGGGGCCUCGAUCAAGAGCAAUUGACAAAGCUAUACACUGCCACAGAUGGCCGGUCCAGGUUGUGCCCUCCUCUCCCACCUGGCUACCUAGGCAAUGUUGUUUUCACCGCCACGCCCAUUGCUGUCUCCGGUGAUCUUGAAUCUGAGACAUUGUCAAACUCUGCAAAGAGAAUUCAUGACGCCUUAACAAGAAUGGACAAUGAGUAUUUGAGAUCAGCUCUGGAUUACCUGGAGGUGCAGCCUGAUAUAUCAGCUCUCGUUCGAGGGCCAAAGCAUUUCGUUAGCCCCAACCUGAACAUCAAUAGCUGGACUAGGCUGCCUGUGUAUGAUGCAGAUUUCGGGUGGGGGCGACCGAUCUUCAUGGGACCUGCAAGCAUACUAUACGAGGGUACAGUGUACAUAAUGCCAAGCCCAACCAAAGACAGGAGCUUGUCAUUGGCUGUGUGCUUGGAUGCCGACCACAUGCCACUCUUCCAGAAAUUCUUAUAUGACAUCUAGAAAGGAAUGGCCAUUCGGAGUUCACCCUGUGUCGGGCUUCUCACCGUUACUUCAGAUAGAGCAGCUUCAAUAUGUCGACCCAGUAAACAAGAAAUACAGUUGUUUCACCCACCGUGAGUUUCCCGAGUUUGAAGCACUCCUACCCCUGAAAGGCUCAACUUCGCCCCUCCAACCACCACCAGAACAAGUGUUUUACCAAAUCAUUGUGAUUUUUGAGUUUUAUUUUGUCUCUCUGCCAUGGUGUCUAAUUUAUUUUUUUCCCUAAUCUACUUGUAUGCAUUAAAGUGUGGUUUGAUCCGGCGUUAAACGAAAAUAAAACCUUGAAAACGUGUCUUUCAAACACGUUUUUAUUUAAACAUUGAUGAGAAAUUGAGAAAU